AUGGAAUUGUACAGUCGCAAGAUGCAUUUGGACAACGGGGGUGCCUUGACGGCGGAGGAAACGUGUCUCAGGCCUCCGUCGUCCCACAGCCCCCAGGACUGUCAAUACACGGUAGUGAAGUUACUCCGAAACAGGCCCUUGUCGAAAGGUUCGUAUUCAAAUUUAGUUAUUAUAAAGCCAGCAUUGUCUUCUACUAUUGUGCUUCGUCGUCGUAUGGAGGGCUAUCGACGACGCCAAAGCGACUGCAUGCCGCGCUUCGACCAAUCGUUCAACGGUAUAUGCGAGCAGAACCUGCAGGACACCUUGCACCUGAAGCAGCGUUAUCUGGACGCCAAGGCCAAAAGGGUACCCAAGACCAAAGAGAAGAAGCACCAGGAUUCUUCGAUACAAAGCAGCGUCCACGUGCAGCAAAAAUUCCUGAAACGCUCCGCCGACGAGCUGGAUCCCGGCGGCGGCCAAAACGACAGCUUCGAACCGCCGGUGAAAUUGCAAUGCUCCAACGAGGGCCUGACCAAGUUCUCCGUCGAGAUCGUCCAGCAAUUGGAGUUCACCACGUCGGCGGCCAGCUCGCAACCCCAGCAGAUAUCGACGAACGUCACGGUGAAAACGCACGCCAACGCGUCCGUCAAGAGCGACGUUUCGUCACCGAAAUUGAACGCCGAUCAUCAGAAAUCCGCCGGAUCUUCCAACAUCGGUUUGGACGUGGGGACGCUGGUCGAGUGCGUGAAACAGGAGCCGGACAAUGAUUUCGCCGAUCUGGACCAAUGCGCGGCGGCGCUGGAAAAGGACGCCGCCGCCAACGGGGGCGCCGGUUUCGGCGGCUUCCACGAUCUCAUCGGCGACGACACCAACGACGAGAUCAUCUCGUCGGCGACGUUCAACGAUCUCAUUUCGGACAUUUCGAACUAUCCCGACUACGAGCUGAUGAAAGACUUCGAUUUCGAAGAUACGAAAUUGGAUGCGAAAACGGAGGACGUCAAAAAUAUAUCUCUGCAAGAAACGAAACCGUCUACUCAGAAUGCGAUGUUGCAACAGCAACAACAACAGCAGCAGCAGCAGCAACAGCAGCAGCAGCAGCAACAACAGCAGCAGCAACAGCAGGGUAAUCAACAGCAACAGCAGCAGAAUCCUAGCAACCCGAGAAAUAUAUCUGGUUAUCCGAAUAUGGACUUUCCGAAGACUGAACUCAGUCCGGCGGCGCAAACGUUGAAACAAAUGGCCGAACAGCAUCAACACAAGAACCAAAUGGGACUGUCAUUUACCGCCGCCCGGUCUCCGUACGGUGAAUUCCAAUUCCAAGGCAGCGAUUACGGCAGCCCUAACUCCAUGCACAAAAACAGCCCGGGAUUCCCGCAACCGGACAUGAUAAAGCAAGAAAUGAUUUUCCAGAACAACGAAUUCGACAUGAAACGCAAGAACGCCGGCAUCUACAAGCAACAAUACUCGCCGUACAGCAGCCCGAGCGCCAGCAGCCACGGCAGUCCGGGCUACCUGCCGCGAAACGCCGGGCCGCCGGGCAACGCGACCGGCUCGGGCGCGUUCGGCGGCGGCACGCCGCCCAGGCCGCCGUCGGGCUCCGGCGGCGGCGGCGGCAACCCGUCCUCCGGCGGGCCCAAUCUGCAGAUAAACCAAGCGCAACAGCUCAACAUCAGCCAGCAGAAUCACGGCCACACGAUACAGGUGUCGGCCGGGCAACACGUGCACCUGUCCGGCGACAUUAAGGGUAAUAUAUCGGUGGCGUCGCAGCAGGGGAUGCAUUUCACGCAGCAAUCGUCGCAGAACAAUUCGUCCCAAUCGCAAGCCGGUCCUAACGCGAACACGCAGAGUCCCAUGUCGGCGCAGCAGCAUCAGGGAUCGCCGAUGUCCAACGGCGUGCCGGGCCAAAAUCCGAUGUGCGGUAGUCAAAUUCCUGGGGGGAAUUUGCAAAUGUCCGGUGGCGGUAUGGGGGCGGGUAUUCCGGUGCCGGGAGGCUUAGGAUCUGCUAACAUGACAGGUAACGAGAACAUGAGCAACAACAUGACGGGCCAAAACAACAUGGGAAUGCCCGGCGCGAAUAUGGGCCAACAGACCAACAACAUGAGCGGUUCCGGAGGAAUGCCUGGUUCGAUGGGUGGCAUUCAACACUCCGGUAUGCACAACGUCGGAGGCAUGGCGCCCAAUCACAUCGACACCUACUCGAUGUCGCAAACGCAAACCAUCAAUUUCACGCAGCAAACGUUACGGCGGGCCGGCAACAACCAAGCCAUGCCGAAUCCGAUGGCCGGCCCGGCCCAGAUGGCGCCGGCGCCGACCAAUCCCAACCAACAGAUGGGGCCGCGACUGAUGAGCCAGACGCUCGAGCAACAGAAGCUGUUGCACCAACAGCAAAUGCUGCGGGCGCAACAACAACAGCAGGCCGCCAUGCAACAGCACCUGGUCAGGCCGCCGCCGCCCGAUUACAAGUCCAGCGCGGGGAUGAUGCAGGGCAUGCAGCCGCGGUACGCCGCCCCGGCGCCGCCGCCUUCCAACAUGCGGAGGAUGCCGAUGCAACCGAUGCCGCCUUCGGGUCCCAUGAUGCGAUCUAAUAUGUACAUGAUGCAACAGCAACAACAACAGCAACAAAUGCCCCAGCAGAUGCCCCAAAGGGCGGCGAUGUACGCCCGACAACAAGGACCGAUAGCCAACAUGGAAUCGAUGCAGCACAAUUCGGAAUGGAGGCAUCUGCUCAUGUCCCAGCAACAACAAACUAAUUUUAAUGCUAUGAGACCAAAUUUCCAACAAAGCUUUAACAUGAACCCCAACAAUAUGCAACAACAAAUGACGGCGCUGCAACACCAACAACAGAUGAAGAGCCAACAGGGGAUGAUCUCCGGCGGCCAGCAAGGCAUGGGAGGACCGUCUGGAAUGAACCAAGCGAUGAACCAACCGAACAAUCCCAUGGCUCAGAUGAACAACAUGAACCAGGCCAUGUUGCACAUGCAACAGCAGCAACAACAACAACAAACCAUGAUGCAGCAACAACAAAAUUCCCAUAUGUCGAUGUCGAGCAUACACAUGCAGCAAUCCCAAUCGAUAAGCAUAUCGAAUCAAUCGAUGCAGCAGAACCAGCAGCAAGGAAUGCAGGGCCACAAUCAAAUGAAUUCGGUGGUACCUUCCAACAAUUCGCAGAACUCGCAGAACUCUCUAGCUUCCAGUUUUAACACGCCGUCGGAUUUCAAUUUCGAAUUCCUGGAUAAUUUGGCGUCCGGCGACGGGACGCCGUUCAGCGAUCAGGAAUUGCUGAGCUCCUUCGAUACUGACGCAGGUUUUAAUUUAGAUUUUUAGAGUUUUUUUUUCUCCAUGUGGUUUUAGGUUUUUAAGACGCGAUAGAUGUUUUUCGGGUCGGCGCGAUUCGGUCGGUUGAAUGUUUUUAUUUGUUUUGAUGCAGUUUGGCAAUUGAUAUUAAAUGAAAUUUAUCGAAAACAUGGACCAAAUAUACAUAAUAUUUGUUACUCGAUUUUAUUUUUUAUUAUUAUUUUUUUUUAUAUAGUUUUCUUGGACCAUUGCAUUGCC